UUAAUUUAAAAUAAAUAUUUUAAGUUGUUUAUGAAAUAAUUUUAUGCUAGGGACAUUUAUUCUUCAAAAUGUGUAAAAAUACAUUUUACAGUAUAGGUUUCUUAUAUUCAGACGCUUUCCGAUUGCAAUGUGUCCGGCGUUUUCUAAUUUGAGGUUAAUCAUUAUUAUUACGCAGCGUCUAGCAUCAUAGGCCAAUUCUGGUUUUUGUAAAGUUAUUAUGGUUUUCCUCGUUCGUUCAAUCGGAUUCUCAUGGGAUGAUGAUAACUAGUGAUGUAUUAAAACCCAGGAAAAUACCUCCUCAAAAUAUUGUAAAUAGAUUGAUUAAAAGAGAAACUUAUGGUUCUGUAAGACCAGGUACACAUUUCCAUGUUGCAAGAUAUUUUCACCAAAAUGUAUUUCCGAAUUUUACCAUAAUUAACGUUGAAAAACCACCUUGUUUUUUAAGAAAAUUUAGUCCAAAUGGCCACUAUUUUAUUGCAUUCUCAUCUGAUCAAACAUCUCUGGAAGUGUACGAAUACCAAGGUUCAUCAGCUGCUGCUGAUCUGGUUGAGAACUGCAGAGGAGAAUAUAUUGGUCACAAAAAUGACCCUGAAAGUGACCACAUCCGCAAUCAGGUAUUUGAGAGAUUUUUUCGACCUAAAUGGACUGUUAACGUAGUUCAAAGUGGUGAACAGUUAAAUAGAGAAUGCAGUUUAUUUACUGAUGACGGAAGAUAUGUUAUUGUUGGAUCUGCUGCUUACAUUCCAGAAGAUUUGAGACCACAUUUUUACGAAAUUUACACCAAUAAUGAAGCUGUUACUCCCAAUCCACGAUCACCUUUGGAAGACUAUUCACUACACAUCGUGGACUUACAACACGGGAGAUUAUGUGAUUCUAGACAAUUCAAGGUGGAUAAAAUAUUUCUCUCACAUAAUCAAGGGCUCUAUUUAUACAAGGACACCCUAGCAGUACUGUCAGUUCAACAUCAAACCAUUCAUGUCUUCCAUAUAAUCGAUGGUAUGUUUGUUGACAUAAGAAAGAUUGGUAGAUUCUGCUUUGAAGACGACAGUUUCCUGCUUUCAAGUAUUGUUCAAUCUCAUUCUGGAAAUAAUACUUACAGACCAUAUAGAGAAAACACAAUAAACUCGUUGAAACAUAGACUGUUAGUAUUCCUUUACAAAAGAGCUCUGAAGUUGUCAGAAGUAACAAAGAACCCCUUGGAGAUCCGAAAGUUUUGUCAACAUUUUGACCAACUCAAAAGUCUCAGAAUUUGGAAGAUGCAGUUGUUAGAUGAAUCACAUCUCCUUUUGAAGUAUGCCUGUGAAGAUGUCGUCACCUUGAAAGCUACAGAACCUAAUUCUCAGCCUUCAUUCUUUGUAGUAUAUAACAUGAAUUCGGCUCAGGUUCUGGCUGUAUACGAAAAUACUUCUGAAGAACUCCUGAAACUUUUUGAACAGUUUUGUGAUCACUUUAGAAAUGCCAAGUUACAUUCUGAAUCACAGUUCACUUGCUCCCCAUCUAAUAAUCUUUAUGCAAGGCUAGCCCAGCAGAGGUUCAAACAGACGAUCGUGAGUGCGAGGUUUGGUGGUCCGACAGAGGCUACCAAGCGUAUGUUGGCACAACUGCCUAUCAGUGCUCAGAGUUACUCGUCCUCUCCUUACCUCGACCUCUCGCUGUUCAGCUACGAUGACAAGUGGGUCUCAGUCAUGGAACGGCCUAAGGCUUGUGGCGAACAUCCUAUAAGGUUUUACUCCCGAGAUUCAGGACUUCUGAAGUUCCGUAUUUACGCAGGAGUCCUCGGCAAGAGUGCUCCUCCCUCAGCCAGACGUCUUGUUGCAUUCACGUUUCAUCCGACUGACCCAUUCGCCAUCAGUGUUCAGCGGACCAAUGCAGACUAUGUUGUCAAUUUCCAUAUCAGACAUGUCUGACAGUUAGUUUGGAUAUGAUCAUGAAAUCUAGGAUAUAUAAGAUUGAGUGGAUAUCUAAAAUCGUUUCACUUCACAUUUUGUGUAAUUUAUUGACUUAAAUGCUCAACUUUUUUGCAUGUAUUUAUUUUACCCUCAAAGAUAUUUUGAGAGUUUUUAUUUUAUUUAUUAGUUUGAAUGAUUGUAUGAUGGAGUUACUCCUGUAAAAUCAUUUUAGUUACAAAUCUGGUGUAUUAUCAGUAAUAUUUUCAAAUAGUAAUGUAAUAUAAUGUAAUAUAGUAAAAGUAAUAUCACAAUGUGCUGUUGAAAAGUUUGUUAAAUGUUUCUAAGGUUGCUAUAUAUUUUUUACAUGUGAUUUAUCAUUAGGAAUUAGGAUUGUUUAAAAUAUUUUGUUGGAUAAAAAAUGUUUUUCUAAGUGAGUUUUUGAAAUUACAUUAUACUUUAAUAUGCUCUUGGCUGUGUCGUAAAGUAGUAAAAAUAUUGUGUAAGUUUUUUAACUACUUUUUUGGAAUACCCAUUAUACAGUGUAUUGUGUUAAUUUUUGGGUUUGGUUUAAAACAUUGGGAAAACUUUACCUCAUGUACAGUGUUAACAUACUUAAAAUUAUCAGUAGUGUUACUUUUUUAUAUUCAGUUUUUUUCCAAAUUGUUUUUUAUUGCUGUUUUAUGGAACAAUU